AUGUCAACCAAACAUACGAAAAAACCUGAGCUCGCGCCUCACGCUCCAGACGGCGAGGAGUUUUAUCGGGCAAAGGCAAAUUCUAUGGUACGCCAGCUGGCUGCCCUAAAUUUAUUUCUAACAGAGGAGCAGUUGGCCAAAUUCGACGAAAGUGAAUUGCAGGUGCGGUUGGAUUUAAUCGAGCGCAUGUACUCUGAUUUCGAUAGCUCUCGACUUAACCUCGAACGGCUUGUGAUCGAGGAGCUGGAGUCGGAUGCGCGCUUAACCUUUACCACGGCAUAUUGUGAGACGAAAGGAAGGAUCUGCCGCCAUCUCAAUAGUGAAAAGAGAAAGUCGUUGGCAAAUUCAACUGAGCUGCAUGGCAUCCUCGGUGGCCACACUGCCGCCUUCAAGUGCAACUCGCGGCCCACCAGGCUACCGGAAUUUCAGCUUCCGCGAUUUGGCGGAGCAUGCAUCGAUUGGCCGGAUUUCUUCGCCAUGUUCAACACGGUAGUGGGAAAGAACGAAGACCUAACAAAGGUGAAAAAAUUCCAGCAUCUUCGUGCAUGUUUGGACGGCAUAGCGCUGGAUGCAAUUCGCUCUCUAGAGCCCACGGAAAAUAAUUACGACAGGGCUUUGGAAUUAUUAACCUCGAGAUUUGAUAAUAAAUUAUUGCACUUUCAGGCUCAUGUUCGGUCUUUAUUCAAGCUACCAGGGGUGGAGAAGGGAUCCGCAAGUAGCCUGCGGCAGUUGAGCGACAAGGCAAAUUCUCAUUUGCGCGCCCUGGCUACUAUGGCCUCUACGAAGGAAAUCUAUGACGGCCUUUUAAUCCAUCUCAUCGUUUCAAAACUGGACAUUCAGACCCAGGAGAGGUGGGAAGAAGGGUUGCCUUCCAAGGAGCUGCCAAAUUGGGAUAAAUUCUCAUCGUUUUUGGAUCUUAGAUGCCGCAUGAUGGAAAAUUUGGAAUACGCUAUGAAAACCCAGAUGAUAUUAGUGUUCUUACGCCUGCACACUUUCUCAUUGGAUCUACAUUCACCGCAAUGGAUGAGCCUGAUGUCACCCAUCUGA